GCUACAAGCUACAAGCUACAAGCUACAAGCUACACCUCCAUAUCAUCAUUGCACACCUCAACCGAAGACAACGCGGACGGACCAAGGAGCAAAAAUAAUGACGUCGGUACUGCAAGACACUGUGCAAUCAGCUCGAAGACAGCGUCUGUUGAUCUUGGUCGGAGUCGUCGGCUCAGGGAAGACGACGCUUGCCCAAGAGAUGGUCAAGACCGGCAGAUGGGUACGAGCUUCUCAGGACGAUGCGCCGACUCGAAGGAGGCAGGAAUGCGAGGCGAUGGUACGAAGUGGACUUCGACAGGGUAAAGACGUCGUCGUGGAUAGAGUAGGCUUCGAUUACCAGCAGCGAGCACACUUCCUGAACAUCGCGAAAGAGUUUCCUAAUGUCGAUUGUUACUGCUUGAUCUUUGAAGCCCCUCGAUCGGCACUGGAAGCUCGCUUGAGACAACGGACGAAUCACCCAACAAUAAAGGACGCAACGCAAGCUAUGAGGAUCCUGGGCAUCAUGCUAUCGACAUACAGACCUCCUAACAGAGAUGUCCCCGAAGGCUUCAAGCGGCUAUUCGUUCUGCCAUUCAGCAGGCAGCCGGCGGGUGGGAUGUGGACGGAAGAGCUUAUCGAACAGCUUUUGCAAGAUGUGGAGACGAGCCCGGACGGCUGGAGCGAUGACGGGAAACCAGUUGCCUGGACGCAUAGUCCGCCCGCAGCGUCGAGCGGGCCCGGCCGAGGGUCAUGGCGAGGUCGUGGUCAAAGCAUCGGCUUCCGCCCUUAUUCCAGACCGCCAAUCGAGCACGGGUUUGUGGGACAAGAUCCGCCCCCAGGGGGUUACCGUUACCAGGCUCGACCUCAACAUAUAUCUCCUCAAUUAGCGUUCCGACCUGGUCAGAGUGGGGGGCAGACGAUGCUCGGGUUCCGAGCGGAUUCCUGGCAUACUCGUACCGAUAGGCCGUCACAACCGCCUCCACAGCAGUGAUCGCUUCAGGAGACCCGUUCGAUUAUGCGUUGUAAUGGAUACAGCACCAGAAGCUGAUAACAGAAUGAUACAACCCGUGUCUAUAAUAAUAUGCAUUCCGCCCUAUA